ACUAUCGCCUGCCUCCCAUGUGAUCUUGCUUCAAAUCCCCAGUGAACCUACACUACACGGCACAAAGUCAGAGAGGGCCGCGGAUCCAGCAUGCAGUUUGGCUGAGCUGAACUGAAGCCUCCCUAUAUAAACGCACCGGCACCGCGCUGCAACCACAGACCGCACGACGCGCAGGCACGGAAGCGCAAGCAUGGCCGCCACCAUGAAGCUGUCGCUCACCUUCGUCCUCCUCCUCUCCGCGCUGGUGGUGUUCGGGGACGCGCAGGCGACCUGCGACAUCAUCCGGUGCAAACAGGGAGGGUACAUCACCUGCAAGAACUACCCCGGCCAGAAGCUCGACGGGUGCGCCUGCGUGUGCGCGCCCGACGACGGCAAGGGCUGCGUGCUCCACCUCGACGACGGCUCCACCAACAAAUGCACCAAGUACUGAACCGGAUUACACGCGUUCGUCAUUUUCGUCUCUGCUCUCGUGUUUGAGUUCGAGCUAAAUAAAGCUGUAUGUGUGUAACGAAAGAAAUGUAAGCUUGUGUCGUGGAAUGAAUGGAAUGCAAUCCGUUGAUCAA